CACUUUGCGUUAAUUCUCCCCCCUUUUGCACUGAAGGUUUGGACCGGACGCGGUGCCGUCCUCGUUGCCUCGGCGACUUCACACGGAGAACCCCUCCCUUCCUCCGCGCUCACUCCUGUGCAAUGUUCUGCGCUGGAAGGUAAAGAUGCGAAUUCCCUCUGCGCCCCGUGCAUGAGCGAGCCGGUGCUCGUGCAGGCGGACUGCCGCCCCCGGCCGUCCGACCCGCCCGCCCGCCCGCUUGGGACAUGUGUCCUCUCCAUCGGCUCUCCGCGGUGUCUCCUGCAGGCCUCGACGCAGCAUGAUAACAUCUGAUCGGACUCCAGGAUCUCCGGUGGGCAGGCAGUGAGGACCAGUCGCCGCUAUGCGAUGUGUGUGAGGGACCAGCGGCAGUGUUGCGGCCCCAGGCGGGGAUGCUGCCGACGGGCGGUCACUAUGACUCUGCUGGACCUGUGGCUGUCGCGCUCCAUCUCCAUGUGCCUGCUCCUCCAGAGCCUCGUCCUCAUGGCCCUGUGCUUCCCCUCGGCCAGCAUGUGUCCAAAGGGCUGCAUCUGCCAGCGGGACCCCCACCUCCACGGCUUCAACGUGACCUGCAGCCAGUCCCGCCUCAAAGAGAUCCCCCCGAGCCUGCCCGUCGACACCGUCCUGCUGAGGCUGGACCACAACCAGAUAGGCGCCGUGCCGGAUCAAGCCUUCCACGGACUCAGGCUCCUGAGGGAGCUCAACCUCUCGUACAACGCGGUGGAGACCUUGGGGGAGGCCGCCUUCAGCGGCAUCGAGGCGACGCUGCAGGUGCUGGACCUCUCGCACAACCGCAUCACUAGCGUGCACAAGGAUGCAUUCGCUCGGCUGAAGGCCCGGGUGAUCGUGGACGAUAACCCGUGGCACUGCGACUGCGCCCUGCAGCAGGCCAUCGGCGGCAUGGCCCACAACCACGAGGCCGCCGCCCGGGUCCUCUGCAGGAGCUCGGAGCUGCGCGACCAGGAGGGUCGACCUUUCCUGGCGGUGGAUACUGACCUCUGUAACCUGGCCAAAAGGACCACAGACUACGCCAUGCUGGUGACAAUGUUCGGCUGGUUCGCCAUGGUGAUUUCCUACGUGGUGUAUUAUGUCCGUCAGAACCAGGAGGACGCCCGGCGCCACCUGGAGUACCUCAAGUCUCUGCCCAGCAAGCCCAAGAAACCCGACGAGGCUGACGACAUAAGCACUGUGGUCUGACAGCCGGUCAGAGACGACCCGCAACUAAGGAACACCGAAGCGUUUAUCGUAACAGGACCCAUGUUUGUAGUGUUUACUAUUUCAAACUUUUAGGCGAAUCGAUCAUCAGAUCUGAUGAGAAAUCUUUGUAUUUUAGGGAUUCUGUGGUAUGUCGUUGCCAGGGUUUGUUGAUGUCCGAUCUGAGAUGAGAUGAGAAGGAAGGCCAGAGAGUCUAACAGACACCAUUAUUGUCUUUUCUACAAAAAUUGCCAAUAGUUUGGAAAAUUUUAAUCUCAGGUUCAAACAUUGACAAGGUAAUGGGUUUUUAUAGUUGCAAAUUUGGAAUAUCUGAGAAAACGAAAUAUAUUUGUAAGACUUGACGCCCUAAACUCCAUCUCCCAUAGGCCUUGUUUUAUAACCUCAAAGCCCCAAAAUGUACACUGAGGUUCGCAAACACCAAAUACUUCUUUCCCUUUAAAAUUACAUUUAAACUUAAAUAUUCAUAUUGACAGCAGCAAGGAGAAUAUUUAAUCUGCACAUCUCGUUGCAUUUCCGACCAGUGACCCUACGGGGAAUUCAGAUAUAAUUCAGAUAUGCUUGUUAUUGAGACUAUUCAAAUUUGAUAAAACAACAAUGAAAGAGACGGGUGAGCACCCACUGAAGCAUUUAGUGAACCAUCUUGCGGCCGCAGGGAGGACCGGAUGCCGUGAACUGUAACUAAACACUUACUCAACUCAAUGGAAUUAUGAAAACGGUGACUAUUCUGAUAUGUUGUACCAAAAGUACGUGCUUUUAAAAGGUUUAAACCUGCGUGUUAUUGUUGCGAUGUAGGUGUGUGCUCACAGAUACAAUGUCCGGCUAACGUACCCCAAAUAUUCCUUUUAUCUUAAUUUAUUUCAAAACCUUUACCUUUUAAGUGAAAAUUAAGACAAAUUCUCAAAGCUGGAACGAUGGUGAUUUAAGUGAUUUAAGAGAAAGAGUCAAUACAACGUUUACAUUUAAAGAAUGUUCUGCCCCAAAGAUGAAACAAUACUUGUGUUCUAGAUGUAGCAAGUGGCCAUGGUGUAAGCAGGAGUAUCUACUUUUGUGCAGCCAUUGAAAAAUAAUGCAUUCUGUGGAUGUAAAUGUGGCUGCAAACAGAUAGAAUGCAUUGUUUUUCAAUAACGGCAUUAGGGACUAUGCGUUUUAUACUGAUUUCUUUUUUUAUUCACAUUCUGAUUUGUGUUUAGGCUUAUAAGGCUUUUAGCUAAGAUUACAUUGGUUAGUUGGUGGCUUCUGGGAUCAAUCAUUGAUGGGAGUUUAUGCAGAUAAUUUAUUCAUGGUGGACAUGACAAUGACAUUUCUCUCUUUUAUUAUUAACACAGGAAAAAAGAUUGAGCUUUUACAACCACGUAUCACCUUAUCAAGUCAUGAAGAAACCCUUUUUGUUACACUAUAUCAGUCAAUUUAAUUAAAACAAGAAACUUUUGUUAUUAUAACAACACGGCACCAUAGUUCAUUAAACAACGUCCUUACGAUGCCAUGAGAAAUAGACAGAUAAAAAAGUCAUCAUGGUCAUAAAGUAAGAAGAAAUACCAAAAACCACAUUCUUAGUCUCUAGUCAUCUAAACCAGAUGGAAGACUCUGAUCAAUUAUAUAGCUUUAAAAUUAUUAUUAUAAUUAACUUAUUUUACUGUGAAAAGUAAAUACAUUUGUCAAAUGAAUAACAUUUCAAACUUUAAUUUAAUUAUAAUUGUUAUAUAUAAUAUAUUAAUAAUUAUAAAAUAUUAAUUUAACUUUAAUUAUUACAAAAUAUCCCAGGACACCUCACCCUAAAAGCAUCCGUACAGGGUUGCAUGUUUUUAAUCCACGUCUGGGAUUAAUCUCAUA